GCUCCCUGGGCUAUCAAGCCCUUUCCGGUUGCGCGUUUCCACGUGUGUUGUAACAGACUGGAGUCAUGUCAACAAACUAUUCAAUUUUGAAUGGAGACGAGGACGAGGAGUUCGAAGCGUUUGUAGCCCUUCAUGCGGGGGCCCUGCAGGCCUCGCAGAUCCCCGCAGUCUACUGGAGGAGUCUGCAUCACAAAAUCACCAACGAGAUUUACGAUGCUGGGGAAGUUUUCGGAAUCAUGCGUUUCCAAGAAGAAGAAGAAGAAGAAGAAGAAGAAGACGACGAGCAGCAGCCGGAGGACGGAGAGAAGGAGGAGAGGAAGAUCUGCUGCAAAGUGCUUGUGACCCGGGAGACGGGGCUGCAAGCCUCCGAGCCAACCAGUGUUUACCUGGUGGAUCACGCCUGGACGUACCGAGUGGAGCACGCCCGUCAGCAGCUGCACCAGCUCCCUGGCCUGCUGCCCAGAAUGGCUUCCCUCAUGGGGGUGGACUUCCACGGCGAGGUCCCUGACCCAGACACAGUGGAGCUGGUGAUGGAGCGCAUGUGGAAGUACAACCAGACCUACAAACUCUCCCAGGGGUCUCCUGAGGAUAAAGUACCGGUGUGGUACAUCCUGGAUGAGUUUGGCUCCCAGGUGCAGCACUCUGACCGGCCCACCUGCAGCAUGGCCCCCUUCUUCUACGUACAGGGUGGGCUGGCCUACUCGGUGCUGUGGCCCCUGCAGAACCUGCAAGAGGGAGAUGAAGUGACUCGUGACUAUACAUAUGAAGAGACAGACCCCCUGGUGAGGCGGUGCCGUUUGUUACCAUGGAUACCUACCGAUCUAGAAGGGGUCACUAGUGCCACGACUGAGCCCCCCGACUCGUACUUUGAGUCCAUUGCGUUGGAGAACAAGGAGCAGCUUCCUGUGGAAAUCCAACCCUACACUGUGCCUGAGGACAAAAUCCUCAAGGUUUACUCCGACAUGUCGCAAGUAACAAACAACCUGACACACCCCCGCUUCCAGCUGACCGAGGAGAGGGAGGACGCCGAUAUCAUUUGGAGCUAUAAUCACAUUAAAGACUACAGGAAGUUGAGUGAGGAACGACCCCAUGUAAUGCUCAACCAGUUUCCCUGUGAGAGUAUCGUCACUGUGAAGGACUGCUUGGCUGCUGUGGCGCGCAGAGUGAAAGGCGGCUCUCAGCCUGAUUGGUUACCAGAGACCUUCAACCUCCAAUCAGAGCUGCCGCAGUUCAUCAAGUGUUAUCAACAGAGACAGCAAAGGGGAGAGGAUAACCACUGGAUCUGUAAGCCCUGGAACUUGGCCCGUGGCCUGGACAUACACAUCACCAACAACCUGGACUAUAUAAUCCGGCAAAGAGAGAGCACACCAAAGGUGGUGUGUAAGUAUCUUGAAGAUCCAGUGCUGUUCAACCGAGAGGAGGUGGGAAUGGUGAAGUUUGACAUUCGCUACAUGCUGAUUGUUCGCUCUGUGCAGCCUCUGCGUCUUUACGCCUAUGACGUCUUCUGGUUGCGCUUUGCUAAUAGGCCUUUCUCCUUGGACCAUUUCGAUGAUUACCAAAAGCACUUCACAGUCAUGAACUAUACUGAUGGUGUAGAGCUUAAGCAGGUGCACUACGAUGAGUUCAUCCCCAUGUUUGAGAACCAGUACCCACUGUAUCCAUGGAAGGAGGUGGAAGCGGAAGUGUUCCGAGCGUUCAGGGAGUUCUUCGAGGCCGCCUCGUCUCGACCAGCUCCGUUUGGCGUGUGUCCCUACCCGUCAUCCCGGGCCAUCUACGCCGUGGACCUCAUGCUGAAGUGGAGUACGGGGGAAAAUGGUGAGCGAAUCAUGCAGCCUCAGAUCCUUGAGAUGAACUUCAGCCCUGACUGUGCCAGGGCCUGCCUCUACCACCCUUCCUUCUACAACCACAUAUUCCAGACACUGUUCCUGGAUCAGCCCGAGCACUGUCCGGUCACACCAAUUGUCUAAUUGUCUCCAAUUUGUCUUCCGCCUUUUCUGUAUCAGGUUUACCAUCUCAUAAUAGGAAACUUAUGAACUUAUUACCUUUUUCAUGAAUGUAUUACACGGUUGUCUUCUGUGCCUGAUGAUGUUUUUUAGAAACUUUGUUGUGGUGAUUAUAAACUAAGCACUCCUGUACAAAAUUAGUAAAUGGAGUUAUAUCAUAUAUAUGAGGCAAACAAUCGCUGGGUAAAACUUAAAUAUUAAUUUUCCCUCCCUGUGGCUUCAAAUGUCAGCUGAGCUGCUGAGACAUGCUGCCUUAGUCCAGAGGGGAAACAUGAUUUUCUCUCAACAAAUGAUUAAAUACAUCUUUAACUUUGAAAGCACAGAACCAUUACAGACAACAGCAUUUUUCAUAUGGAUUUUAUUUGAAAGUGCAGCUACAUACUGGAUAAACUUUUGCAUUAGAAACCUCUCCCCCACACACUUGAGACACUGUAUUGUUUGGCUGGUACCUUAUCUCCCCCCAUCCCCAUCCCCCCCCCUAGCAUGAAGGUCAGAGCUGAGAUUGACUUAUCCUCUGUCAUGCGCAGAGGGGAGCCUCUGGUAGGUGUGGAUUUUCCUCCCUCGUUGUUUUAUGGGGCACAUUCCUUUAUCUCCAGACUCAGGGACAGUUCAAGCAGAGAACAAGAGUUUCUAAAAGUUUAUUGGAGUGUUCAAGUUUUGUUCACAUCUUUCCUGUUAACUUUUUCUCUGGAAAACCUGAUUUUUGAUUUCAAGUAAAUAAAAUCCAGUUUGCUCUGAGCCUUUGAGAUGUUUCUCUGGGGGGGGGGGGGGAUGAGCGGAGGACUGGGCUCAGGCUAAGGUAAAUCCACUGCGGACACUUGCACUCACUCACUCCACACCUCAUAACAAACGGGGAGGGAUAGGUACGUGUUGCUUAGAGAAGAUGUACAGUGGUCUGCUGUGUGAUGUAAUGCAACAGCCAUGGAUAAAUGGCUCUGGUAACGUUUUGUGUGUUUCUUCCGUCCUGUGUUAAUAACAUUGAGAUUUUAUGUCUGUUUAUAAAUGUCUCUGUGUGUAUUAACUUUUCAUUGGAUAUAUUGUAACGGACUGUUUUCAUGUUCUGGAGCGGCGUUGCACUUUACAGAGUUUUGGGAAGUUCAGUGAAGAGCGCACAAUGUUAUGUCACUCAUCUUAGUGCCACCUAUGGGAAUGUUUAGUGGUGAUGUUGGGGGGCGGGGUUAAGUGAGAGGACGCGGGAAUUCUUUUUGGAGAGCGAUGGUGUGUUUUUGUUCGGCGUAGCCUACGGCAAUAAAAGCAGAAGAUAAGCACAUUGUCCAGAGCUUCAUUAGCGAGAGUCGCUGCAAUACACACACACACACACACACACACACACACACACACGAGCAUGAACUGACACGUUGGCCGACCAAUC